AUGGCGUCACGGAAGAAGGUUCUCCUCAAGGUUAUUAUCCUUGGUGACAGUGGUGUUGGUAAAACCAGUCUGAUGAACCAAUAUGUCAACAAGAAGUUUAGCGGAAGUUACAAGGCAACUAUCGGAGCCGAUUUCCUCACUAAGGAAGUUCUCGUUGACGACCGACUGGUCACUAUGCAGAUCUGGGAUACCGCUGGCCAAGAACGUUUCCAAUCAUUGGGUGUCGCCUUUUACCGUGGAGCCGACUGCUGCGUUUUGGUCUACGACGUGAACAACUCAAAGAGUUUUGAGGCCUUGGACAGCUGGCGGGAUGAAUUUCUAAUUCAGGCGAGCCCGCGUGACCCUGAGAGCUUCCCAUUUGUCGUUAUUGGUAACAAGAUUGACGUGGAGGAGAACAAGCGCAUGAUCUCUUCGAAACGAGCUAUGACCUUUUGCCAGUCAAAGGGCAACAUCCCUUACUUUGAGACCAGUGCGAAGGAGGCAGUCAACGUUGAGCAGGCAUUCGAGGUGAUCGCCCGGAGCGCACUCGCGCAGGAAGAGGCUGAAGAGUUCAGCGGAGAGUUCAGUGACCCGAUCAACAUCCAUCUGGACAAUGAGCGCGAUGGCUGUGCCUGUUGA